AUUUUUUUGGUAAAUUAUGAUUGCCAUUACAAAAAGCAAAACAUAAGAAGUAGGUAAUUAUAGAUAGAUAUUUGAACAGAAAUGUAAGGGGUAAGUAUAUGUAAGCAUGUAUAUCUGUAGAUGUAGCUCCAUGCAUGUCCCACUACCAGGGUAUGAUGUUGGAAAGAAUCUGUGUAAGUACCAAAUAAUUUUUGUUCACCAUUUAUAUAAAGUCAAAAAAACUCUUUCUUUUCCACCUUAUCGCUUUUUCUCACCAUGGAACGGACCGCAUCCUUCAACGACACCAAUAAUACUCUCUCUUCGCAACCAAGUCUCGCUUCAGUUCCUUCCCUCAACUCACACUCACACCUCUUCAACGCUUCCACCACCUCUCACACGUGCCUCGCCACUCUCAAACCCCACGCCUCCUCCUACACCUCCUCCCUCGCCCUCGCCGGCAAGUUCCUCUACGCCGGCUCCUCCGACAGAGAAAUCAGAUCCUGGAACCACACCAUUUUCCUCUCCGAACAACAUCUACAAAACACCAACCUCAUAACCGCGGGAACAGGUGCCGUGAAAUCCAUAGUGGUCCACUCCGACAAGCUCUUUACCGCACACCAAGACCACAAAAUCCGCGUCUGGAGAAUCACAACCCAAGACCACGACCAACAGAAAUUCACACGUGUGGCCACUCUCCCCACGCUCGGUGACCGCGUGACCAAAAUCUUGAUCCCGAAGAAUCACGUUCAGAUUCGGCGGCACAAGAAGUGCACCUGGGUUCACCACGUGGACACCGUCUCCUCCCUCGCCUUGUCGCACGACGGAACGUUGUUGUACUCCGUUUCUUGGGACCGCACGUUGAAGAUUUGGCGGACGAAAGACUUCGCGUGCUUGGAGUCCGUGCGCAACGCGCACGACGACGCCAUAAACGCUGUGGCAGUUUCUGGCGAUGGACACGUGUAUACCGGAUCCACCGACAAGAGAAUCAGGGUUUGGAGAAAAAGGGAAGGGGAGAAGAAACACUCGGUGGUGGAGACGUUGGAGAAACACAGGUCAGGGAUUAACGCCUUGGCUCUUAGCAGUGACGGUUGCGUGCUGUACUCUGGUGCAUGUGAUAGGUCCAUACUGGUUUGGGAGAAGGGAGAGAAUUGGAAAUUGGUGGUGGUUGGUGCUUUGAGGGGGCACACUAAGUCCAUUCUGUGCUUGGGUGUGGUUCGGGAUUUGGUGUGUAGUGGUUCUGAGGAUAAAACGGUGCGUAUUUGGAGAGGGAUUGAGAGGGAGUAUUCAUGUUUAGCUGUUUUGGAAGGGCAUAGGAGCCCUAUUAAGAGCCUAACUGCAACCCUUGAUCACAGUGAUCACCCUUCCCAGCUAUCUCUUCUUGUCUAUAGUGGCAGUUUGGACUCUGAUGUCAAAGUUUGGCAGCAGGACUUUGAUCAUGGAGAUAUUUAGUGAAAGAAAGGCAAUACAUUUCCUUAGGAAAAAUGUAUGCUGUGAAUGGAUUGAAAUUGUUUCUAUAAGGUUGAACAUGUGUAAUUUUGUUGAACACCUUUUAGAUAUUUUAAGGCCUGGUACAUCCAUAACUAUAUAUCAAGCUGUUUGGACUUCGUGGUCUCAGGGAGGAGAAAGGGACAGUACCAUUUUUCUUUAAUUACGCAAAAAAAAAAAAAACCUUAAACUUGAGAAAGAAAAAAAUAAAAAGUACCUUUAUUUCAUUUUCUUGAUUCAGGCAUACUGUACGAACUAAACCCCACCGAAGGUUCCUUUGAAAAAGGGGAAAGAAAAGUGCAUAACCAGAACUCAUUAAGCUGCUAGCUAUAUCAUUGUAUGCAAAGUAUGUUAAGAGAUUGGGAUCCAAGUUUUCCA